AUGCAAGACACCACAUAUGGUGACGCUCAAGAGAUUCGCGCCUGGGUUUGGCAAACCUGCACAGAAUUCGGUUACUAUCAGUCCACUGAUUCGGAUACUGCCGGGCCAUUUUUCGGUGGAAAGCCGGCGCUGCCAGUACAAGGGCAUAACCAGGUACUCAAUACAGGUUCUACAUCGACGAAUGUAGCAGUAUCUUUGGGAGCAACUACAACUCAGACUCAGUGGCGGCAGCCGGUCGCCAACGUGAACGCCUAUUACGGAGGCAGGGACCAUAUGGAUUCCUCCUAUAUUAUACUACCAAAUGGAAACAUCGAUCCAUGGCAUGCACUCGGCAAACUGAACAGCACUACAUCUACUAUUAUCCCCGUUGUGAUUGAUGGAACGGCUCAUUGCGCUGACAUGUACGCCACAUCUCUCAGUGAUCCCGCAUCGAUGACGGCCGCUCGGAAAACCAUCUCGACUCAACUACAGCAGUGGCUUCAGGCCAUCAACUGA